CAAGAUGUGAAUGUUUAUGAAUUUGUAGAAAUUAUGCGAAAAUAAGACAUUAUGGGCACAGAUAGAACAAAUCUUGAUUAUAAGUAUAUUUGUUAUGGGGGUAUAUUUUUCUACUCUGACUAUAGAUGACCAAUAAAUCACACCUUGGUCUGCGGAAGAAAAAAAUCGAAUGCGUUACAAUCUACUUGAAAAGGUGCAAUAUUUCCUGUUCUGUCUUUCAACCACAGAGGACAGUCAUCCGCUUACCUUAAAGGGUCUUGAUCCGGACUCACCAUGGGUGUCGAGGGAAGAAUGAAAUGUGUGAAGUACCUACUCUUCUUUUUCAACUUCAUCUUCUGGCUGUGUGGUCUGGCUCUGGUAGUGCUGGGAGUUUUGGUUCAGGUGGCUCUCCACAGCACUGUAGUGAUCAAUAAUGUCUCGGCCUCAUCAGCCCCCUUGGUCCUCAUCGUGGUGGGGGUCAUCGUCUUCUUCAUCGCCUUCUUUGGCUGCUGCGGAGCCUGGAAGGAGAGUUACUGCAUGGUCACCAUGUUUUCUAUCCUUCUGGGUCUGAUCAUUAUCACUGAGAUUGGUGCUGCCAUCGCUGGAUAUGUCUUCAGAGGCAAACUGACAGUCAUUGUCCAUGAUGGUCUCAAUGACAUGGUCACCAAGUACAGCAAUGGCACCGCUGAAUUCAAGAAGGCCCUGGACAACCUGCAAGUUGACCUGAAAUGUUGUGGUGUGACCAACGCUACUGACUGGAAAGGCAAGUUCGGGUCUGUUCCAGACUCUGUUCCAGACUCCUGUUGCAUCAAUGUCACUGCUGGCUGUGGUCAGGGGGCCAUGGGAGAUGCACUCAAGAUACACCAGACGGGGUGUGAAACUGUUGUAGAGAAGCUGUUGAAGAAGAACAUCAUGUGGGUCAUUGUAGCAGCACUGGUGAUCGCUUUCCUGCAGAUCAUGGGCAUCAUAUUCGCCUGCAUGUUGAUGGGGGGCAUUCGCAGUGGCUACGAAGUCAUGUGAUCAGUUGGCCAAUAGCAGAGGGGAGUGGCUGACAGUCAGUUGCACUGUCAGGUCAUGUUAUGGCCAAACAUUUAGUAAUUGAGUUCAAUAACUUUUUUAAAUGUACUUAUUCAAGAUGUUUAACGCGUGCCUUUGCACUGAUGCCGAAUAUGACUCCUGCCAAGAAUAUCAAUGUUUAGUUAUUUUUUAGAAAAGUAUAUUUUUAUUUAAAUAGGGCAGCAUUCUCAAAUUGCCAUUUGCACUUGUUUUUGAAAGUGAAAUGUUAACUUUUGAUCUUAUGAACAUAUUCUACUCUAGAAUAUAUUUAAUAAAAGCUAUUUAAUCUGUC